AUGUCACCCCGGCCAUCGUCAAGUGUCUCUCCGAGAAGACGGCCACUCCAUGAACGCACUCCAUCACAGACAAACUCGGCUGAAGUCUCGCCCGGCCGAAGAGGAAAAAGAAGAGACGAGAUUGAUUUUUAUUCUUCCACACCAUAUCCCACCAAACCAGCGCAGGUCCUCCUKCCGCGCCCGGGGAUUGGCCAAGAUUAUGCGCUUCACGGCGCUUACGGGGUUUCGGAUGUAUCUUUAGUAUCGACUGAAACAGAUCAUACGGCAACGGCGCCAACUAAUCUCGUGGAUCAUGAGGAACGACAUCGCGAUGUUAGCGUGAACAGCAAUACGUGGGAUUUUUCGUCGUCGGUGGAUUUGGCGCAUUCGUCUCAAGUUUGGGAUAAUGAUCCGCAGUCUAGCCAGUCAUCCUUUCCUACGCCAUUAAUCCCUUCGGACGACGAUGUUUUUAGCGAGGAUGAUGUUGUAUUUGGGGAUAAGACGGUAGAUGAAUUCGAAAUACACGAACCAAUUAGCCGACSGAGCCAUGAGGAUGGUUUAUAUGGCAGCGAUAUUUCUGACCCAUCCGACAUAUCAAGACAAGACAACGAGGACGAGGAUGCGAUUCCUCUGCCAAGAACCCACAGAACUUCUAUCAAGCCCGUAACACCGGGUAGCUCAUCUCCCAACGAGCAGGUCGAAGAUUAUUCAUCGUCUACAGAAAACUUUGUCACCUAUGACCACACAUCAAGCCCUAAUGUGGUACCGAUUGGUGCGCCAUCAAGUCCGAACUUCGUCUCAUUAGGAAGCUCAAGUCCAAACCUAGUCGCAUUUGGAAGCUCAUCACCAGUGGCUGGUGGAAUGACCAAACGCUCUGAUUCUACUUCUUCGUCUUCCAACUCUAUGGGCACAGUCAUCCAUAACACAUACAAUGCCACAGGCUGGCCUCCUUUGUCGGAGGGKGUUUCGUCACAGCCUGCAUCAUUCACGUCCAGUCCGCCUGAGCAAUUACUUCGAGGAUAUCAGUCGGCCUCGUCAUUGGCACUAUCUGGUGGGGAAACCAAUUUAUCGCGAUCAAGAACUACGUCUACAGGCAGUGGCCGGUCUGAAAAAUCAUUGACUGAAGGACUAUCAGCAUCAAUUCAAUACCCCCAGAUCCGUGCUCCGUCAUAUGCAAGUUCCUUUGCUGAGUCUUCAGCAUCACAAAUCCGACGUCCAGCACGAGCCAUGUCAGACCGUUCAGUCACACGAUGGAACCCGACGCUCUCGACGGUUCCUGCUCAAUCCGUGGCGAACAGCGCAGGCGACAAUAUCAGUGAGAAGAAACAAGGUCUAGGAUUAAUGAACCCCAGCAAAUCUACAUCCACAAUUUGGCCCGUCGAGGAAAACGACGAACACCUAGACAGUUUAUCAAACCUGCCGCGAUCAACACUGCGCCACAUCCCGUCAUCGCUCAUUGGUACUGAGUCUCGCCCCGGAUCUAGUUCCAGUAUGAAUGGGUUUUUAAAUGUACUACCUAAUUGGGUUCGAUUAUACUACCGCAGCAACAAUGGCCAGCUUGUACAAAACGCUGCCAUGUCGAUGUUCGAGUCGUCUCGUCCUUCAACCGCAGCCUCUCGGCCGCCGACUCCUCAUCGAUAUAUCAGCCAAAACCCCAACCCUAUAGGCAUUGUUUCUCGUCCGCGGAAUCGGCCUUCGAAUGAGAGAGUAGUACCGGCUCCUCUACGGUUAGUGUCCGAUCACCCAGCUGAUCCGCGUAGUCACUGGAAACCUACCCCUGAAGAGCAACGUCUGCAGCGGCAACAGCUAGAACGAGAACAAAUCGAGCAAUCGACUCAAGCUGCCGCUACUGGAGACGAAACUACUCGUCGCCCUUUUGCAAAAGCAUCUUCACCACAUCUGCAUCCAGACAAAAGCCAUCCAAACCCUCGUUACACCUGGGUAGCGCCAUCACUAGAUUCAAGACAAGAACCUACCCUAGGACGACGCAAUGUGCAAAAAUACGCAUUCUGUCUCGGAUUCGUGUUUCCACUCAUCUGGCUCAUUGCCGCGUUCCUACCUCUUCCUCCGCAGCCGAGUCCAAUGGACGAAGAGCAGAAUGUGGUAGCUCAACCCGGCGCCCAAUACCGGAUUGAGCAGUACGAGAAGAAACGAUACUAUAAUGCGCGCUGGUGGAGGAAUGUGAAUCGAGUUAUGGUCCCGGUUGGUAUUGCUAUUAUAACUAUUAUUAUUGUCCUAGCCACUGUUGGCACAAUAGUCGGCUUCUAG